GGCAGAAGGAUUUAGGUUGGGCAUUAGAGAGGGAGGGAGGAAGGGAGGGACAGGAGAACGAGAGAGCGAGAGAAGAGAGAGAGCGCGCACCCUCCAGCAUCCCGCGAAGCUCGUAAAGUGGGCAAGAGGAGAAGGAAGAGGAGGUGCGAGGAGAGAGAGAAAGAGGGAGGAGAAAGACGACGAGCAGCCUUCCCUCAAAGUCAACAUUUUCCACUUUUCGUACUCCUCCUCGCGCCGGCCGGAGGGAGCGUCAUCCCCGCCCUGCGAACACAUCAUCUCAUCUUCACCGCAAGCGGGGACGAUCAGUCCGCGGAUGCGUGCGACCGGACAAUCAAUGUUGAUCAAACGGAUCCAACUGGAGACGCAGCCCCACUCCGGGCUGUGAGGCAAAGAUCCGCAUGAACGCCACCCAAGCGACACUAUGUUUAAAACGCACGCCCGGAUCACGCAGUCUGGAAAACCUGAGCAGGAAAAGAACAGCGCCCCGGAUCCGCGGAGACCAGUAGAUUCUUCAUCCGCCAGCGAAAGUGGAGACAGUAUGCCCACGGUUUCUCUAUGAUCGGCGCCCCAUGCGCGUCCCCCCUCCGCCGAGCCUCGACCGCCGCCCCGCCUGCCAUGCUCCUCCGGGUCGCGCUCUUUCUGCUGCACUGCUCGGCCUCCGCGCUGGGGGGCCAGUACGAACUGUGCAAGUCUCUGGUGAGCACAGACGACGGCUCCGUGUGGGAGCACUACGCCUGCCAGCCCCGGGCCGAGUCCAUGAAGGACUACAUGACAAUCAAGGUGGACCCGCCCGGCAUCACGUGCGGGAACCCGCCCGAGAAGUUCUGCACACUGGAGAACCCAUAUAUGUGCAGCGAUGAAUGCGACGCCUCCAAUCCAGACUUGGCACACCCGCCUCAACUGAUGCAGGACCGCGAACGCAACGGACUGCUGACCUACUGGCAGACGGUCACGUGGAGGCGCCACCCGGAGCCCCUACUGGCCAACAUCUCAAUGUCGUGGAACAAGAGUCUAGAGCUCACCGAUGAUAUUCACAUCACCUUCGAGUACGGCCGGCCGACAAUUAUGGUCUUGGACAAAUCUAUGGACCACGGCCGCUCCUGGCAGCCGUUUCAGUACUACGCCGAUGACUGCCUGGACACCUUUAACAUGCCGGCGAAGCGUGUGCGCGACCUCACGCCGGCCAAUAUCACUCGCGUUAUCUGCACCGAGCAGUACUCGCGCUGGGUGGGCUCCAAGAGCCACAAGAAUGUCACGUUGGAGGUACGAGCACGAUUCGCCGUCUUUGCCGGCCCUCGGCUGCACAACAUGGACGGCCUUUACACGCGCAUGGAGAGCAUGAAGGGACUGAGGGACUUCUUCACCUUCACCAACCUCAGGCUGAGGCUCCUCAGGCCCGCCCUGGGAGGCACGUAUGUGCAGCGGGACAACCUGCACAAGUACUUCUACGCCAUCUCCAACAUCGAGGUGCCUGCCAGGUGCAAGUGUAACCUCCACGCCUCCCAGUGCCUGCUGCAGGAUGGCAAUCUGCAGUGCCUGUGUGAGCACAACACCACGGGUCAGGAUUGUCAGCGCUGCAAGAAGGGCUUCAAGGCCAAGUCCUGGAAGGCCGGAUCCUACCUGCCCACGCCCAACGGAACCCCCAACACCUGUACCAUUGCUGGUUCGCCCUCCGGUUCUAUUCCUGUACACGAGAGCCACAGAACGAUCAUCUCGUCUGAGUAUGAGAGGGAACGAGGAGCUGAAGUCACUCACAGAAAACAUGAGACUUAUAGCCAAGUAGUUACUGUCCCAUCUCCCCAAGAGGACCAUGGCAAGGCUCUGCAACAACCAGUUGAAAAUGAAGUGUCUCACGCAUUUGAGGAACAUGAGAUUCAAGGCCACAUUGGCACUUUCUCAUAUGAACACAAGGAAGACAAACAUAGAAGAGUUUCCGUUCCUCAUGAAAAUCAUCGCCUUGAGACAACCACGUCAAGCAUGGAGCAUGAGAAGGAGAGACGAGCUAAAGGUAUACCCGUCCUAAGUAGAAGCCCUGUCCUUCAACCUGAAACUGAAUCCUCACUAUUUUCAGUGUUGCUUACUCAUAUGCUUGAGGAACAUGAGACAAACAUCAACAAAGGCGAUUUUUCCUCUCACCAUGAUGACCGCAGAGAGACUGCAAGUGAAAUGCAAUUUGAAAGUGAAGUACCUCAUGCACAUGAGGAGCAUGUGCCUCACAGCCACAGAGGCAAGUCAUUAUCUGAGCAAGAAGAACAUCGAAAGGUUUCCCCUCCUUAUGAGAAUCAUGGCCAUGAGUUGACAACCCCAUCUGACCAUGAGUUGGAAAAAAGAACUCAAGUGCUUGUUUCUCAUUUGCUUGAGAAACAUGAGACUCAUGACUACAAAGACAUUUUUUCAUCUCAUCACGUGGGCCAUGGAGAAGCUCUGAAUGAAAGACAAUUUGAAAAUAAAGUCUCCCAGAUGCUUGAGGAACAUGACACUAAUGGCCACGAAGUAACUUUCAUAUCGAAGCAUGAGAAAAAUGAAGAAGAGAAAGCAAGACAAGCUGAAAAUAAAGCUUUUUACAAGCCUGAGAGACAUGGGCAUGGCACUCAUGGCCACGGGACUUUUAUAUCCGAACAUGAGAAUGGAAGACAUGAGGAAGACAGUCAAUUGAGAGUUUCCCACAGGUCUGAAAGACAUGGGCAUCAGACUCAUGGAGAUAGAACUUUCUCAUCUGAGCAUGAGAAUGACAUAGCAGUUUCCCAUGGGUUUGAGGGACAUGGACAUGAGAACCUUGGCUACAAUUUUGAUUUGUCAUCGGCGCAUGAGGAUGGGAAACAUGUUUUUCACAAGUCUGAAGGACAUGGACAUGAGACUCAUGGACAUGACAGCUCUUUCUUAUCUAAGCAUGAGAAUGGCAGAAAUUUAGUUUCACAUAGAUCUGAAGGACAUGGACAUGAGAGAAUGGCAGAAAAUGUUUUGCAUAUGUUUGCAGGACAAGGCCAUGAGAGUCACGGACAAAGUACUUUGUCAUCUGUGCAUGAGAAUUACUGGGAAGUCACACACAACUCAGAAGGACAAAAGACUCAUGGGCAUGAUGGUCAUUUCUCAUCUAACCAUGAGAAUGGGGGGCAUGAAGUUCCCCGUAACUCUGAGGGAGAAGGACAUGAAAUGAAUAGCCACAACCAUUUCUCAUCUUGGCAUGAGAGUAUGAGAAAUGGAGUUCUCCACAGUUAUGAGGGACAUGGUCAUGGUACUGAUGACAACAAUAGUCAUUUCUCAGUUGAGCAUGACAAUGUCAGACAAGACGCUCUCCACAACUCUGGGGGACACGGUCAUGAUACUCACAGCCACCAUGGUCAUUUCUCAUCUGAGAAUGAGAAUUCCAGACAUGAUGAAAACCAUCAAAAUAAAAUGAGAGGGCAUGAGACUCACGAGCACAAUACUCACUUCUCAUCUGAGCAUGAGAAUGGCAGACAUGAUUAUGAAGAAGACCGCCAAAUGAGAGCCUUCCAGAAUUUUAAGGAACACUCCCAGGAGAUACACAAUCACAAAUCAACAAGUUCUCCUGACAAGGAGCCGCGCCAACAAGGAAAGCUCGAGAGGAAAGCGCACCACGCCGAGAGGGAAGGAGGGGGUCAUGAAAUGCCGGACUCCUCCGGGAAGGACGAAGACAGAGAGGAGGAAGAGAGGAGAGAGAAAAAGCGGAAAGGACUCCUGAACCUCUUGAUGUUAGGCCAGCCCGGGUCCCGACAUUUGUUUGGAAUCAUAUACGAUCAUUUCAAAGACUGUGAAUGCUACGGUCACUCCAACCGCUGCAGCUACCUCGAGUUCCUGAAAAUUGUCACGUGCGUCAGCUGCAAGCACAACACCAGGGGCCAGAACUGCCAACACUGCAGACUGGGAUACUUCCGCAACGCCUCUGCCGAGCUGGACGACGAGAGCGUCUGCAUCGAGUGUAACUGCAACCAGAUGGGUUCAGUCCACGACCGUUGCAAUGGCACAGGCUUCUGCCAGUGCAAAGACGGCGCCACCGGAGCCAAGUGUGACGAGUGUCUGCCGGGCUACUACUGGAAACAAGGCUGUUACCCCAACGUUUGCGACGAGGAGAUGCUCCUGUGCCAGAACGGUGGGACGUGUUACCAGAACCAGAAGUGCGCCUGUGCCCCCGACUUUAAGGGGGUGUUGUGCCAACAGUCGCGCUGCGAAGCGGGAAAGGACUGCAACGGUGCCACUGCGUGGUGCCCCUCCGCUGCCACCCUACUGCUUUGCACUCUGCUGACCCGCCUGUUGGCCACGCUGCCGCACCACUGACCCACUGCACGCACAAAACUGGGGAGCGUCUACGCACUACUUCUAAAAAGUUGGGGAUGUUUCACUUCAGGGUAGAAUUUCAGGGUGAACCUAAAAGGCACUAUGAUCUUUACAGGGGAAUUUAAUUUGACCUUGUGGAAAUUUACAUAAACUGUAUUUACCAUCUUUUAAAUUUGGAUAAUUAAGUCUAUGGGGAAAGCUUUAGGUUUGUUUUGUUUAUGCACCAUAUAUUGGUGUUAUAUGGUGAUUUAUCACAUUUGCUGGUACAGGGGCAUCUAGUGGUCGUUCCAUUGUCGAUUUAAGAAAUAUUAGCCCUGUAGAGUUCGGUGAAGUGUAUUUUUUCAUCAAAACAGUGAUUAGAGAAGGAAUUUAUGACAAUAUUUAAUUUGCAAUCAUUUUGGCAAUAUAUCGUCACACUCCCUAAUUAAAAGUAACUUAAACAAUUAGAUGCAACUUAUCUAUUGGUAGCCUGUGAUUCUUAAACUCAUUUUUCAUGAAAUCACUUGCUAUUGCCAUAAUCACUAUUUCAUGAUUCGUAGUGCACAAACGUGAAGGUGUCAAAUUAAAAUGCCUCGUCUUUGACAACACUAAACUGUCACUAAACCAAACAUUAAGAUAUAGUAUUCACAGAGUAUGUGCCGUGGUAGUUAGUAAAAAAAUACAUAUAUAUUAAAAACACCAGUUGAUGGCGAUAGAUAUCCGAUCACUUUGGACCAAACCAGUUCAAAUGGAUUGCAUGUCUAUUGCUGUCAGUGGCAGUUCAGGAGUUAACCGUUUUCAUUUUUCCCUCCUUCAAAUUUACAUUUAAAUAAAUGAAUAUUCCUUCACAAUUCUUUGUCCCAUUCUCAGGCGCAAAGACUUGUUGGGACAUUUAUUGAGCGCAACCGUGACUUAACAUAGUUGGUGAAUCGAUGACCUGCGUGAGCGUUCUGUGUAGGACUGCAAUUAUUGAUUAUUUCAGUCGUCGAUUAAUCAACUAGUAAAUCUAGAAUUAGGAACAUUUAAUGCGUUGCAGGAUCAAUUUUACGAGAUGUAAAACAAAGGCUUGCUAAGAUUGCACUUUCAAAAGAGCAUUAAAUAAGAAUACAAAAUAAAAUUCCGGAGUGUUUCUUCAAACUUUGCAGAAUUGCACUUUCAUUUAAAAAUAAAGUAAAAUACCUGAACUACCUCAAACGGUAUUAAAAAACAUAAAUGAGGAUCUAAGUACAACAAGAGAAGAAUUGGCUAACCUGCAAAGCAAUAGUCUGCUAGCUUAAAUGCUAUAAAAUGUUUUUGUUUUUUUUUUGUUUUUUUUUAAACAAUGCUCAGAACAAAUGGUUCAAACAUAUUUUUCAACAAAAAAAACAACUAAACAUACUUAUAAAAUACGAAUGCAUAUAAAAAAAAUAGCUCAAACGAAAAACUUUACAACGCCACUCUAAUCAAACGAAUACUCAAAGCAGCAAAAUUUGAUUCGAAGCUUUUUUUCCUAAUAGAAUUACUGGAGUUAAUCGAUUUAUUGUUGCAGCACUAGUUCAGUGAAUAAUAGUGUAAAACCUGAGCACUUAUUUUUAAAUUUGCCACGAAAAUGGUAUUUGUUCACAGAUAAGCCGCACUGGACUAUAAGCCCCAGGUGUCCUCACUGUAAUAUGCGAUAUUUACACCAAAAGAUAUUUACUGGUAACAGUAUAUUUGACAGCAGAAUCAUAAAACCAAACAAACCACCAUGAAGCUUUGAACCAAUUGGCUGAAAAAAGCUUCAUUGCUUCAAGAAGCUUUGUUUGGCUAUCUCUGCUCCCUUGGGGGACACAGUCUACCUCUGCUGCCACCUGCUGUUAACACUGUUGUCGUCCAACAUGCCUCCUAACAUGCAUUGCAGCGUUACAGAUGUAACUAGCAAUCAAAAUUCAUUUUCUGUGCUAAUGAUUUCUUCAAUUGCUGUUCCAGUUGUUUCAUUAAUUGCUAAUCAUUUGGUAACACUUUAUUUGACAGUGGCGCUAUAAGCCUGUCAUAAGACCGUCAUAAUGAUGACAUGACACUGCC